AUGGUAUCACAAGACGACAAUGCCUGGACGAUACUUGCAAUUACAGGAUCCUGGUGCUUCCUUGCGCUCAUAGUGGUGGUGAUGAGAGUAUACACACGACUAGUCAUGGUCAGAUAUCUGGGCUGGGACGACAUUGCUGCAGUAGUGACUAUGGUCUUUGGUGUUGUGGUUUGGGGCUGCUUCAUCGGCGAGGCAAAUUGGGCAUUAGGAAAGCACGUGUCAGCGAUCACACCGGAUAUGCUACACCACUACAGCCGAUGGCAGUUUGCACAUGGUAUGCUCAUGGUCUGGGCAUUGCACGGAAUGAAGAUUGCAUUCGCGAUCUUCUUGCUCAGACUCAGCAAUGGCAAGAUUUUCCGAAGGACACUGUUCGUCUCGAUAGUCUUCAUGACUGUUUACACGACUGUCUCGUGGCUCACAAUCCUUCUUGGCUGUGCCCCGAUCUCUGCAAAUUGGAAUGGAAGAAACGGGAAAUGCAUCCCAUUAAACGCAUUCAAGGGCUUGGGCAUAACCUACAGCAUUCUAGGCAUGCUCACAGAUGCAACUUUGGCAUUGAUUCCUGUCCCUGUUAUCUCAAGCAUGCAGCUUAACUUGCGCACGAAAGUGUGCUUGCUUCUCGCCUUUGGCAUGGGACUCGCCACGGUUGCAUGUGGCGCAGUCAAGACAUACCACCUUUACUAUUACUUUGAAGACCCCGACCGUCUUUACUACAACAGCUACUUCGUGUGGGGUGCUCUUGAGCUUUACGUCGGCAUCAUCGCUGCAUGCUUGGUCAGCUUGAAGCCCCUCAUUGCCUCCCUCCUCGACAAAGCAAAGUCG